AGAUAGUUGCAGUGAAUUGGCGAUCACAUUCUUCUUCAAUACAUAUGAUGCGGAAGGUAGAGCUGUUUUCUGAUGAAAUAUUUUUCUGUCAUUUUGAAGGAACUACGGCAUACAUUGAGAAGUCUAGUCCAUUUCCAACUGAUGGAAAGCUGGGAUGGUGGAGUACAGGUUUUUCAUAUGGCUUGUGGAUUGCUUCUCUAGUAUCAUUGGGGUUUUCAGUUGUUCCAGUUGCAUCACAGACAUGGAAAGCUUACUUUGGGCUAUCACGAAGUGAAUCGCCAAAGGAUGAUAGCAGACAAGCUGCAUCCAUUUUGUUCCCUGACAAAGCUCUAUCCCUGAAGUUGAAAAAACAUCAUGGGCGAGCGGAGGCUCUUCUGUUAGCAGCCUAUGGGAAAGGCCUUGUCCUACCCCAACUUGACAUUGAUGUUGAUUGCUGAUUGACUGGCCAUUUUUCAUAUUGAUGGCACUGCAAACAAAUUGUUGCGUAGGGGGUUCCAUCAAGUACAUAACUUAUUGAGGUUUGAGUGCACUGUGUGCCUGCAGAACUGCAACAGAGAUCGUAGCUGACCCAUUCAACUUUUGUGGAAUGCAUUGGAUAUUUCUCAUUGUAUUUUGAGCUUAACAGGCUAGCGCAGAUGAGACAUGAACGUUUUUUUUAACAUGUACCUAUUCCAAGUUGAGAAGGAACCAAAGCUUCGCAACUGUUUGCUGAGACUGUUGUCUUCAAGAACUUUUUUUUUAACAUGUACCUAUUCCAAGUUGAAAAGGAACCAAAGCUUCGCUACCGUUU